AUGGCAAGCCACAUUAUUGGGAACAGAAACAGCACCCCUGAGGCUUCGAAGUCAUCUCUUCGCCCCCCGUCUUCCUCCCGCACUCUAGGGGGCUCUCAUCAGCUCCGUGCCUCUGCCGACAUGUCCGGCUUCGCCCCACCGCUGUCCGCUCGCAAUAUUCGCCCCGCAUCGGAAGUAUACUUCAACCAACAAUCUCAAAACCAAAACAAUGCAGACGAUGCACUGGAUCGAGCUGCGCAGCAGUGGUUGGCGGAUAUCGAUCAAUAUGAGACGACUUUGGAGGAAAUGGCUGCCGCCACGUUGGACCAGGAUUUCAAGGAUGAGCUUAGCGCUAUUGAGCAGUGGUUUCGUGUUUUGAGUGAAGCUGAGAGGACUGCCGCUCUCUAUGCUUUACUUCAACAGACAACCCAGGUUCAAAUUCGAUUUUUCAUUCAGGUGUUGCAACAAAUGUCCCAAAGUCACCCAAUGUCAAGUGUGUUGUCCCCCGCAACGUUCGGCGAAAAAGAUGCCAUGUCCAACCGUCUAAGCGAUGCUAUGUCAAAGCUAAACGUGGAAGGGUCUCGCAACUCUCUGGUUCGCCCUCCUCCGUCUCCUGGCAAUAAGCGUAACUCAGGACUUGACACUUCAACUAUCAAUGCUAUGUUUCCCGACGCUGCAGCUGCUAUUGCCAAGAAGAAAGCUGAGCUCACUCAACAAACUGGGAAUGCUCCUGUAUCGAACCGUAACAGUGCUGUUUUUAGUGGAGACAGGUCUUCACUGGUUGCUCCUACCAUCUCUACCACUGACGUUGGCAAAGAUAGCUUGCCUCAACCUCCUGCCUCUCCUUGGACUCAUCGUGCGCCAGAACAACAGGCACCCAUUGCACGGCCCAAGUCUUCAUCUGGCCAGCAGCAGCAGCAGCAGCCCAUGGGCCAAUUUUCUCAGCCACUUCAAUCUGCUGGUCUUCGAUCUCCACUUUCAUCUGGACCUUCCAAUAUACAAAACACUACCAUCACCGCUCCCGAUUUCAUGCCAGAGCCUCCGAUUCUUUCCCCUUACAACGUAGGCAAUGCAAGCUGGGCUUCCAUGACAAAUACCCCCAUGGUCUCGUCCUUCAACCAACAAAGCCAGCCCAACCAAGCCGAUAUGAUUGCCAAUGCCACUGCCAUGAAACUCGCUGCUUUGUCAACUGUUAAUAACCGUAUUGCCUUAGAUGAUGCACGCAAAUACCGCCGUACCCGGUCUAACGAUAACCAAAACCGUAUGCAUAACCAGCCACCUGUUUCUCCCGGCCUCCCAAACACCAUUCCUGGAACCAAUGUCAUCAUGGUUAAUGACUCUGGUCAAAUUCUGAACCCUCAACAGGUUGCUGCUCUGCAGGCUCAACAGCAAGCUGCUCUCAGUGGACGUCGCUCUCGUCCUAACUCUCCAGGGCUGGCGCUUCAAGGAACGCCGCUACAGAUGAAUUUCACUUCUCCUCAGAACAACGGGUUCCUGGCUGCAUAUGACGCCAAUACCUACUUGGGUAACACUCUUGGUGGAAUGGGAGUCAGUCAAUUCAGUGGCGCUGGCAGUCACGAAGGAUAUUUGUCUGAUCAUUCUGAGAUCGCGCGUGGCCGCUCUCCGCGCGGCCGACGUGGAAGCUCGAAGCCACCGGAAGACCCAACCGACCCAGCUCUUCUCCAAGACAUCCCCGGUUGGCUUCGAUCCCUUCGCUUGCACAAGUACACUGACAACCUUAAGGAUCUUAAGUGGACAGAAUUGGUCGAGUUAGAUGACAAAGGUCUGGAAGCUCGUGGUGUGAAUGCCCUUGGUGCAAGGAACAAGAUGCUAAAGGUUUUCGAACAAGUUAAGGAGGCAAAGUCGGAAGGAAAGCUCGACAAUAUCAUCUAA